CUGUUCUGUGGUGCGCGCCGUGGCUUGUGCGCCGGAUGAUAAACGGAGAGGAUUUUUCACGUAUUUUUCUUGCGCGGUACAAUUAACACUAAUAAUAGUCAGUGUGAAUAACUAUUCCGUAAGAGAGUGGUAAAUAACAAUUUUUAAACAAAUGUUUGCCCCAACGAUAUUCAAUUAUUUCACACAUGUUUAGAUACAUUGAAAUUCAUUGAGGCGGCUCAGUGUUUUUUUUUUUUUAUUAAGCAUAAAACUCUCGUCGCUCCCGUGUGACAUUGUGUUGAGGGUUUUACUAUAACUGUGUAAGUGCGCGCUAGGCACACGCGUUUUUUCGGCCUUCUUCAGGACCAAAAGUUUAAUUGGAAAAAAUAUUUCUCCAAUCACGUGCAUUAUGGAGAUAUCUAAGGGACUACAAGAGGAAAUUAUUUUGGUGCAGAACAAACUGAAAAAUGCCAUUCGAGAUCACCAGAUAUACGUUGGAAGACUCAAGGACGAUCCGAACAAUUCCGACAUACUGGGCAGAAUUCAGGAGAUUCAACUGCACAUAGUCUCCCUCGGGCGGUGCCAGAAGCAAAUUGUUGAACGCCUGCGCAAGGAAGUUGAGGUCUACAAGGCGGAGAAUGCGAAUGGUGGUAAAGUUUCAUUAGCUGCUUUACUUGGCUUAAACAACAACAAUCAUAUAACAACGUACAGCGAUAAGAGGGAUGAGGUCAAGGUGCAGCCCAAUGGUAUUGAUGUUAGAAGAUCGUCGAGGGAUCAUUAUGAGGAUUUUGGAAGAAAUGGGAGUGUUUCCAGUCGACGGAAUUUAUGUGCCAAAGAUCGUUCAAGCUCUGUUGAGACACUAUCAGCAGACGAGGACGUUAUCGAAGUCUCAAACGAUGAGAAUUCGACGGAGAAACAGUCUGAAACUUCCAAGAUUGAAGUACCUGUCAUGGAUGAAUAUCAAUCACACGUAAAGCAGGUAAACUUUCUGGGUAAUCUCGGGCUCAUCACGGCCAGCCGACUCGAUGAAUUACAGAACAAGAAAUCCGAGAGAAAACGAAGGAGUACUGCCAAUCCUCAGUUUGUCUAUUCAACGUGGGAUAUGCCGUCGAAACGAAAGCGGCAUGCGUACCUGCAAUCAGCGGGAUCAGCCCCUCAGACGAGACAGACAACAGCCAGACUGAAUGGCCCCUCGCCUCCACCAGCCAAAAUACCACCAAAAUCAGCAUCCCCACCCACCAAAACUACCUCCAAGAGUCUCAUUCCUCCGCAAAAAUCAGCGGUUAGGCCCAAUAUCCUGAGAACCAUGCAAGAAACACGAGCAUUCCAAAAUCGAUCGAAACUCGAUAACGGCACGAGCCAAAGGGAGGCCAAACUAGCCGAGACUAAGUCUGUACAUAUUCCAGGAUUGCCGGCCAGCUUGACUAUUGAGAGAAUUGAGAAUGAUACUGCUGUUUGCAUCAAUUGCAGAAAUCCAGGGACUUUAACAAUCUGUGACACAUGUUCAGCUAAUUAUCACAUUUCUUGUCACACGAUUUCACCGCCACCACCACGGCAAUGCCCAAAAUGUGCAGAGAAAAAAAAAGAGGAUGACCGGAGUACUCCAGUGAUUAAGAAAGAUGAAGAACUCGCUGCAGCAUCGUAUGCGCCAGGAGUUGCUGGGAAAGCAGGAAAAGACCCAGAAAUCAAUAAAGCGCCUCGUGGACUUCAUAAAAGUGAUGCAACUACCCAGCGACAAGUCACCACCAGCAACAUCAGCCAGCUACCAGCCUCCACCCUCCUUAUCCCCAUUGCUCCAAGUACCAUCACCCCCACAAACCCCAUACCUUCUCUCGCCCUCGCCUCCCACGUCACCUACACUCCACUCGGCAUCAACACCUUCACCAAUCAACAUCAGGGCAUCACCUACAUCAAAUCCAAUCCAACGAGUGCCCACUCCACUCACACCACCGAACAGCAAUACCUCAUCGUCAAAAAGCUGUCGCCCACCGAGACCCACCACAUCCUACCAAAGAGCAUUCCCAAAAAUCUUGGAGAUAUCGAAUCAGACCACUCAAAUCUCGCCCUAUCAUCGCCCCUCCUCUUCGACAAACUCUCCAGAGGAGCCAAGAAGCCCGUACCAGGACUCAAUCCAAUUAAUCCACUCUCCAACGAUUCAGACACUCCAAACAUCUUUGACAAGUCAAAUUCUCCAAUUCCACGUGACAAAUCAGAUGCCAAUUACCCUUUCGCCCCCACCAAUUCCCCAAAUGGAGGAGGGUCAACAUCAAAACCACAUACCCUUUUUAACUCAGAUCCAGACCCACCAAUCGCAGUUAUCACCUUCAUCCCAUCGUCCAGACACUCAAAAUCAUCAGAAUCAUCAGAAGCCUCAACUGACACUUCAAAAUCAAGCGAUCUACACGACCCAGUGCUCUCAGGCCAUCACCAAUCCAAUAUCAUCACCAAUUGUCCUGAUGAAUCAUCGGGGCACAGCGUACGUAGACAAAACACUGUCGCUGAAAGACUCGCAAGAAGACUCUCCGAGGAUCGAGCAGCGCAUCACCGAUCUCGACAGUCCACCGCCAAGCUCACCGAACACUUGAAAUUGGAAGAAGCGCAUCUACCAGCGCCACUUGCAGCAAAUCUAGGACUGAGAAUUCAGGGUUCAGCUAGACCCAGGCCCAGGCCCAGCUCGUGUUCCAGUGUUGAGGGAAUGGGAGAGGAGAGACCCAAACUGGGCAUUCUCACGAGGGAGAGAAGGAGUCUUGAUUCACUCCAGAGGGAGGGCCUCCCAUCACAACACGAGGACUUCUCGGAGGAGAAGGAACAGAAGAAAGGAAAUACUGUGCAAAAUGAUAUCGAAAUAUUCGAUGAGAGCACCAUGAGCGCAUCAGAGGAUGAAAAGACUGCCUUUAGAGAGGAUGACGAUGUGGACAGGGUCUCCAUUGUAUCCUCUAUUGACAUGCAGGUUCUUGAGGACUUCGAAACUGCCCUCAAACAGAUUGAGGGAGGGUUGGUGCAGACUGCCAAUUAAGAAAUUUUUAAGUUUUUCCACCACGAAGAUUUGAUGAUUUUAGGGAUAGUCGAAGAAGGUGAGUGCUGGCAUUGAAAAGAUACACUUUCGUGAAAUUAUGGAGUUGUCAUGCUCCUGUAUUGUUCAAAAUGUUGCUAGUUUCUUUUAUUAAGUCACUGAAUUUUUUCAUCUCCUGGAAAAACAAUUAAGAUUUUUCUCAAAUGGAUACAGGUUUCCUUUCAUUUUUAAAAAUUAAAAAAAUGUUCGGAGCUUACAGUUCUUUAGUUAUUUUAAUAAGAAAACAUUUACAAGCACUUAUUUGAAAUAAUGCAUAAAGUGGAGAAAAAUUUUGGAUUCUCAGAGUUUUGGUAAUCAUUGGAACAAUUGAUGAGGUAAUGAUGGUUAUUGAAUUGAUUUGAAUAUUCCAAGUUGAUUUGGAAUCGCUGAAUCCAUUAAGUAUACGAAUUAAAACAAUUUUUUUUAAGAAAAUUCAAAAUAAAAUCACGCACAUAUCGUGGAAUUGAAGAAUAUGAGGGAUUUCCUUGCGUUUUAUAGGAGGAAAGUUGAAGUUGAGGUGAGACUGUAUGAAGAGAAAAAAGCCCAAGCCAUAUUACCAUUACUGCCUUAAUAGUCGUUCAACUAUGGUCCUUGAAUAUUUUUUUAGCCAAAUUACAUGUAUUAAUUUAUUAUAAGAAGUUUAUUAAUGGGGAAAAAAUCCACAUUUUCUUGACAUUAAUGAUGAGCAUUUAAUUUCGGCUGAGUAUUAAUAAAUUAAGCCGAAUCGUAUAUUGUAAAUAUUUCAAUUGAACAUAAGAUUGGAUGGUUAUUUUUAAUAGUCAAAUUCCGACUUUGAUGGAUUAAUUAUUCAAACCAUCAGAGUUGCAUGGAAAAAUAAAUGAUUGAAUACCCAUUCAUCAGUCAUCAA